AUGUCGCGAAACAACAAAAAUCCUCUUAUCCAGAAAAUAGCAAAACAAGCCUUCACGACUUUUAAAGGUUUGAAAUGCUCGGAACACGGAGAUAGUAAAGUUUUUGCAGAAAAACAGGCCAAGCUCAUUUCCUUAGUGACCGCGCUUCGGGCUAAUGAUCUCAAGAUCGCUCCCCGGGAAAACAAAGCGACCUCCGGGACAUCGGAGCUUGAGCCUCCCCCUGUCACCUACAUGCACAUUUGUGAGACGGACGUGUUCAGCAUGGGGAUAUUCCUACUCAGAACCGGAGCCUCCAUACCUCUCCACGACCAUCCAGGCAUGAACGGGAUGCUGAAGGUCCUCUACGGGAAGGUGAACGUCAGUUGCUUCGAUAAGUUAGAAAGUGGUCAGACAGUCGGCAGUGCCCUUCCUCGCUUUGAAACCCCACCGGCUCCGUUCCAACGCGCUUCUCUGCGACGUUCCUUGCUCCGAUCGGUGACUGAGUACUCGGAGAACAGCGGACCGUGCCUCCUUACGCCGUUACGGGAUAAUCUCCACCAAAUCGACACAGUGGACGGACCCGCCGCUUUCCUCGACAUACUGGCGCCGCCGUACGAUCCGGACGACGGGCGGGACUGUCACUAUUACAAAGUUCUGAAAACUGUGGCAGAUAACCAGGAGCUGCAGGAAGAGGAGCGGGGGAAAGAGAAAGAAAUGUGGCUUUUAGAAAUUCCUCAGCCGGAGGACUUCUGUUGUGGAGGAGAGCCUUACCCGGGUCCCGUAGUUUCUGUGUGA